AUGCUGUAUGAAGAAAAAGGUUAUCACCACUACAAAAAUGCACCACUGCGAUUCGCCAACUGGCUUGCGGAGUCCCCGCCGAUCAUCUUGACGAGUACCUACGUAUGGGUGAAUCAACUGCCAUCAGGUGCCUUUUCAAGUUCUGCGAAUACGUUGUUGAAAUAUUUGGUGAUAGGAAAUAUGACAGAGAUUAAUUUCACGGUGAACGACACUGCAUAUACGAAGGGUUAUUAUCUAACAGAUGGAAUAUAUCCCGAGUGGGCUACUUUUGUUAAGGCUUUUCCUUGCCCGGAGGAUCCCAAGAGGAAGUUGUUUAAGGAAAGACAGGAGUCUGCAAGAAAAGAUGUUGAAUGGGCAUUUGGGGUGCUCCAAUCUCGAUGGGCGAUUGUCAGAGGUCCAGCUCGGUAUUGGUAUAGGAAAAAGUUAAAACAAAUCAUGUUAGCAUGCAUUAUUUUGCAUAAUAUGAUUGUUGAGGAUGAGGGAGGUCACGUGACAAAUUGGUACAACGAAGAAGGUGACAAACCCGCACAACCUAUCCAUGGCUCAAACCGAGGAUUUCAGGAUUAUCUUCGAACAAAUUCUGAGCUACGUGACACUCAAGUUCAUCACCAACUUCGCGCCGACUUAGUUGAACAUAUCUGGGGGCAAUACAACAACAAUCCAUGA